AUGACCAAACACGCCCGCUGCGCCCUCCUCUGUCUCCUGCUCGCGGUGUACGAUCCGAUCCUGGACUUGAGGCCACCAUUUCCUCGCUCGCUGCCCGUUCAGGUCGUGCUCAAUGGCAUCGUGCUCACCCUUUCAUCGGUGCUGUUCAUCCAGCUGCUAUUUACUGCGCAGUACCAUUGGCCACUGGCCCCCGUCAACUUCAUCCUCCAGCUGUCUGCCGUGUUCACGCUGCUGGUCUGUGCGACCGUGACGACGCACAUCGUCUUCAGGUCUGUCGACGCCCAGAGCCGCGCCUGGCCGUACAUGCUCAACUAUCUCGCCGUGGACAUCCCGCCGAGCUCGCCUGUAUAUGUUAAUUGGCCCACUGCAGACCUAGUCGCCUGGUUCCUCAUGACCGCCACAUGUGCCGGACUCAUCCAGAUCGCGCACAUCCAGUUUCUUACCUUGCUAUUCCCGUCCAAGCUCGAGAAGCGGCUUAUUUAUAUCCUGUUGGCGCCGCUCGUCCUCAUGUCUGCCGUCAUGCAGCUGUUGCGUGUGACCGCCCGGCACACGCUACUCGAGUCCAUAGUCGCAGUCCAGAACAUCUGCAACGCGACGCUGUCCCUCCUCUUCACCGCCGCGCUCUUCACCUGGGGCUUCCUCGUCAACCGGAGGAACGCCUGGCGCAUGGACGGUGGCACAGCAGCAUUUGGGGAGCAGUACACGUGGAUGCCCCAGCUCAUGUGGGCGAUCUUCCUCUGGCAGAGCUUCCUCGGCUGGUGGUGGUGGGUCGGCGCGGGCAUGGGCGUCGGCGAGGUCGACGAGCUGCUCGGCCGCGAGGAGAAGCGCAAGCAGAAGCGCACGCAGCGCAGUACCCGCCGCCGCCAGCAGCGCGAGCGUGCAGAGACCGUCCUCCGGGGUGUCACCGGCGCGCUGCGCUUCCGGCGCACCGGGAGCGAGGAGCGGCCCAUUUUGGGCCGGACGACUACCGUCUCCACGACCGACUCCACGAGCGGCACGAUUUCUUCGAGGCCCGCGCUGGGGAGGCAGCUGUAUGACUGGUUCCUGUAUUGGCGGAGCGAGCACCUGGAGGCGACGCGCGCGCAGGCUGUCGAACCGAGAGACGACGAGACCGUCGUCGCAUCCGACUCGGACGUGGAUGCAGAGUCACCGACACAAGUGGUGGUCGAUUCCAAGCUGGACGGGACGUCUGGUGUCGAGGUGGUGUCAAAAGACGCAGGAUUGCAUGUACGACAUCCGGCACACGAGGAUGCUCCUCUUCCUGUGGCGAGACGGUCGUUGAAAGCCGGAGAUACAAUGAUUCCGGCGGAGCAGGCGUCGUCGUUCUGGUGGUUAGGUCCAUUACGGCGGUGGCGAAGACAGGACUCGACUGUGUAUUGA